AGAUGAUGCACUCCCAUGGAUAGAUAAUGAGCUUAAGUAUCCAGCCGGUCAGGCCAUGAGAGAUCCCAAUCCGCUCCGCAGCCAUGGACCUCAAGGAAGAGAAAACGUCUGAACAGACAGUCGAAGAGCGCUCCUCAGCCAGCUCGGACCACAGCGGCACCCCCGCACCCGUCGCGCUCGAGACGUACCUGUACUACGCCGCGCUGCAGCGCGCCGCCGAAGCAGGGUCCGACGCGAACCCGCACGCGGGGGGCUUCAACUCCUGGCUGAACGGCCGAUCCGCGCAUAAAGGGCCCAAUGCGAACAUCGACGCCGCGCCGCACCUCGAGAAGCACCGCGGCAUCACGCUGUCCGAGCGCGAGACGGCUUCGCGGGCGCUGCGGCUCGCGUCGUGGUCGUCCGUGUUCUAUCUUAUCACGACAGAUAUCCUUGGCCCGUUCAACGCACCGUUUGCUAUCUCCCAGGUCGGAUGGGUCCCUGGGAUUAUACUGUACUUUAUCAUGGGUCUGGUCGCGCUCUAUACGGGCCUGAUCCUCUGGCGCUUGUUCGUGCGCCUCGACUCAUUGCGUUAUCCUGUGCUGAGCUACGCCGAUCUUGCGGAGCGUAUAUUCGGCACCUGGGCGCGACGGGUCUCGCUCGUUCUGCAAAGUCUCCAGCUCGUCGUCUUUGUCGGCAUCAUCUGUUUGGGGAACGCGCAGGCUCUCACCCAAGUGGCCAAGCACCGUUUGUGUUUCUCCAUCUGCAUAGUCAUCUGGGCCUUCCUCGGCAUGCUUAUCGGCCAGAUUCGCACACUCAAGAAUUACGGCUGGCUGGCCAAUUCAGCCGUGUGGAUCAACCUCUUGAUCAUCUUCACCAGCAUGGGAUUUGUGGCCCACAGCCCCCCGAAUUUUGCAGCCGCAUUGUCGUCCCUCGGGGUCCCCCAAGGCCCGGUUCAGACUCAGACGUUUGCGAAGAUUCCGCUGUUCUCUCAGGUCAACGGGAUCAUGAACAUGGUCUACGCUUAUGGGGGUGCCAUGAUAUUCCCGGAAAUUAUGGCCGAGAUGCGGCGUCCGAUGGAUUUUUGGAAAGGAAUGGUCAUGGCCCAAUCGUUGAUCUUCACGGCUUAUCUUAUCUAUGGGGCCUUCAUCUAUUCCCAGCAGGGACAAUUCGUGCUGCCGCUAGCUUACCAGGGCGUGAGCAAGUAUGCGUGGCAGACAGUGGGGAAUGUGAUGUCCUUGGUCACGGGCAUCAUCGCAGGAGGGCUCUACGGCAACAUCGGCAUCAAGGUCGUAUAUCACAAUCUCGUAGAAGAUUGGUUCCAAGGGCCCCCCCUGAUGUCUCACAGAGGGCGCAUCAUCUGGUCAAUCCUUGUCGUGGCUUACUGGGCAUUGGCGUUCGUAAUCGGAUCGGCGAUUCCACAGAUUCAGACCAUCAACGGACUGGUCGGAGCGAUCGGCAUCAUGCAGUUCACGUACACGUUCCCGCCGCUCCUCCGGCUCGGAUACGACGUCCUGAGCGAUGCCAUGGCCGGCGACAAGCCGUACGAUCCCGACUCUGGCGCCAGCUAUCACCGCGUGGACACGUGGAGACAGUGGUCUCGGUGGAGGCGCGGUCUGUUCUCCGGGCACUGGUACUUCAAGCUCUUCAAUUUCAUCCUGUUCUCGGCGAGUCUGUCUAUGGCAGGUCUCGGUGGGCAUGUGGGCUGCGGGCGAGUCGGUGAAAACGACCUUUGCGCUGUCGGGAGCGGCCACUUCAUUCGGGUGCAAGUCUCCGGUGUAGAUAUCUUCAGAAUACGACCCAAGAACGAUAGCUCUCAUACAUAUGCAAUACCAUUCUUCACCCCAGUCGCGACAAAAUUAGAUAGCAGUCCGAGCCGCGCGCAAGCUGUCAAAGUCCCCUCGGCACUGAUAUCGAAGAAGAAAAAGAGACGCGACAAACACGGUUCAAAAGACGAGGGACCGGAUGCGCUUGAAAAGCAAACGAAGCGUAAACGAGAAACGGUGGAUGUAGACGAAACGGACGCUGCUCUUGCAGCCGACAGAAAGCAGAAAAAGAAGAAAAAGCACGGCGAGCGAUCCGAUGCGGUAGAUGUUGAACGGCUGGAACCAUUCUCUGCCACUUUCCCAAUCACAGAGCAAGAGGAUAAGGAGAAGAGGAAGAAGGAGAAGAAGAGGAAAAGAGACACAGACGAUUCGGCGGCUGUAUCGCAUUCAGACGUUGUCGUUGCAGAGGAGCAUGUCGAGAAGAAGAAGAAGAAGAAGAAGAGUAAGGAUAAGAAAUGCGACACGGACGAUCCGGGGGUUGUAUCAAUCUCGGACGCUGUCGCACAGGAGAAUAACAGAAAUGAGGGAGCAAUCGGCUCCAGCGCCCCUCAGGUUUCUGCAGAGGUGGUUGAAAACGAGUCUGUCGAGGAGAAGAGGAAGAAGAAGAGGAAACGCGACGCAGAACAAGCGUCUUUGGAAGGAAACACUCUCGUGGGUCCCGAUGGAGCAGCCGAGGAACCUGCUCUGAAGAAAAAGAAGAAAUCGAAGGGCAGAGAGACUGAACGGGAGCAGAAAAAGGCAGGCGCAGCUGCCUCACCGCUACCUCAGAACAGUGUCUCUGCCGUGUUCAAUGCGGACUUCGAUUCUAACGACGACAUAUUGCGCGUAAUCCAGGGCCUCGACAUGACUACCUUCGAGGGCGGCACACCUGAACCCGUUCCGGUAGCUUCCAGCAGUCGGUCACGGAAAGCUUCAUCAUCGUCAAAGCCGAAGCGCGCGAAAGCGGCUGCGUCACAACUGAACCUCAAUCACGCAGAGUUAUUGGCGACAAAAUGGAUGACGCCGAAACAGCUGGAUGAUCUGGCUAAAACGGAGGGUCUCGUCUUCAAGAAGGGCAAAUUCGCGGCGACAGAGAUCAAGCUGCUCAACGAUGCGAUUGAGAACUACCGAAAGACGCGAAGCCUAGCGGAAUCGGAUAUCGUGAAUCUCGUAUUUCCAUCGGACGACACGCAGAAAGACCCAACAUUCUGGACGGAAAUCACAUCCGCUCUCGACCAACGGCCAAUCCGCGCUGUGUGGAACUAUCUGCGACGAGCCUGCAACGACGCCGGCCGACAGGGCAAGUGGAAAGCGGACGAGGACGCCAGACUUAUACAAGCCGUGACGUCGCUGGGACAGCAGUGGGAAAAAGUUUCCGAACUGGUCGGUCGCAUGGCUGGCGACUGCAAGGACCGAUACAGAAAUCACAUUGUCGAUCUGGACAAGCGCGAAUAUGGCGAGUGAUCAGGGACCGCUUCGGCAUCUUAUUGAGGCUUUGCUAGGCACAUGGAGCGCCGAAGACGAAGCAGAGCUCACGAAGAUCGUACGAGAGAUGCAUCAGGGCCAGGAUCUGGACAACGACAUUCUCUGGACGCGGGUUGCAGAAAGAAUGGGCGGCAAACGGAGUCGGACGCAGUGCCGAGCGAAAUGGAUGGAUUCGCUCAACAGGAAGAAUAAAGGCAACCACGACACUCGCUGGAGCCGAUUGGACACAUAUAUUCUUGUCCACAAAGUUGCCAACCUGCAGGUGGAAGAUGACACCGAAGUCGAUUGGAAGACGCUCCCCGAUCCGACGUGGAAUUUCUGGAGCGCACAUCUUCUGCAGAGGCGAUGGAAGGGACUGAAAGAAGGCAUCAAGGGAGGCGAUCGCUUGUCACACACAGAGAUCGUCGACUUGCUCGUCAAGAAAUACCCCCAAAAACCGCAAGUAAAUGCUGCAAAGAGCGCAGACUGCGUGGUCGAUAGUGAUAAUGAUGAAAGCUAGAACUCAGUCUAGAACUGCGUAGAAGACUGAAGUGCAGACUGCUUACUAUGCAGGGCGUAAGCACACAUCACGUAAGCAGAUCACAAACAAAACCGGUGCCUUCCAGUACGGUACGUGCCGCAUUACUUAUUGAGACACGUAUGUACUACGGCUGCGUUGCAACUUACCAAGAGCCUCCAUUUUCUGGACACAGUCGGACUGUAAAUGACGCACCUCCUCGAUACGGCUUACGCAUCCCUCGCGACGGACUGCCUUGAUUGGAUUGUUGCGCGGCAUGACACCAAAAAGAGAAGAUGAAGCGAGCACGUUGAUCUAUUCACUCGGUGGGACAAAUCGUCCAGAUCGGAAUGCACGGUAUAUAAGAUAGCUGCCUCCCGAGGGGGCUCAAAACAAUUACUCCCCCUCCCAACAAUCUCUCCGCAAUGUCUGCUCUCUUCACCCCGCUCAAGCUCGGCAGCAUCGAGAUCGCCAAUCGCAUCGGGAUGAGCGCCCUUACGCGUGACCGUGCCACCGGGACCGUCCCCAACGAUCUUAUGCUCGAGUACUACGUCCAGCGCGCCAAAGGCGGUGCCGGGCUUAUUGUGACGGAGGGCGUGCUCAUUACCCCCCAAGGCACUGAAUGGCCCGAGGCCCCUGGCAUCUACAACGACGAGCAGGUCGUCGCGUGGAAGAAGAUCACCGACGCCGUGCACGCAGUUGGGACCAAGAUCUACGCCCAGAUCUGGCACCGUGCGUCGAUCGCACCGCUCCACAUCCUGCAGACUCAUCGUAUGUUUUAGUGGGACGUGUCAGCCACCCCGACGCCCCUCUCCAGAAGGCCGCCGGUGUUCCUGUGUACGCUCCGUCCGCUAUCUCUGCCCGAGGAGGCAAGUUCCGCCACCUGCCUGGAGAGCCUGGCUAUGUCACCCCCACGGAAAUUCCCGAUCCCGCUACUCUCACUGCGCUGUACAAGGCCGCAGCCGUGAACGCCAAGAAGGCUGGGUUCGACGGCGUCGAGCUGCACGGCGCAAACGGUUACCUCGUGCACCAGUUCAUCGACCCGAGCGCCAACCAGCGAACCGACAAAUACGGCGGGAGCAUCGAGAACCGCUGCCGGUUCGCCAUCGAGACUCUCAAGGAGCUCAUCGAGGUGUACGGCCCCGACGUUGCCAUCAAGCUGAGCCCUGCCGGAGGAUACAACGACAUGGGAUUCGAUCUGCAGGAGACGAUCGCCACCUACAAGUACCUGCUCACCGAGAUCGACACGCUGGGGCUCUCCUACAUUGCGCUGAUGCGGUACAGCCCGAUGCUUGACAUUGAGAUUGAUGGCAAGAAGCGCGCGACUGUGCACGACACCCCGGCCAUCUACCUUCCCUUCAUCUCGAAGACCAAAGUCUUCCUCAACGCCGGAAUCACCCCCGCCGAAGCCGAGGAGUACGUCUCGAGCGGUAAAGUCGCCGGUGUCUUCUUUGGGUUCGCCUGGGUCACCCACCCGGAUGUGGGCAACCGCAUUCGCAAGGGCAUCGCUCUCGACAAUGCCCCCGACUUUGCCACGCUGUACGGUAGCUCCCUUCCCGACAAGGUGAAGGGCUACACCGACUACCCGGCCGCUGCUUAGAUGUGCUCAUUACAUGUACCUGAAUGCAAGUUAUACGUGUGUAGAAUAUCAAACAAUCAAAGACUUUGGAUUUAUGCUCGCGA